UUGCAUACUAUAUAAUCUUGGUACAUUUUCCACUGAUGCUUGCCACCGAAAUGAAGCUCUUUAAGAUUGUGAUUCAAUUUUACUCUUUUUUUCCUCUUCUUCUUCCCAUAUUCUUCUCAAAACAAUGCCUUUCUUCUAAAUCUCUGCUGCCACACAAAUUAAUUCCCAGGCUCACCCCAUUCGACAAAAGCUCCAUACCAAACGCGGCACAAGAGACGUCUCUUCCUCCCCAUUUCAAGACCUUUUACUACAAGCAAACGUUGGAUCACUUCAAUUAUGCACCCCAGAGCUAUGACACCUUUGACCAGAGGUACAUUGUCAACUCCCAGCACUGGGCUCCUGGUGGGUCCAUCUUGGCAUGGCUCGGCGCCGAAGCUCCGAUCGACGAUGAUCCCGCCUUUGCCGGGUUUCUUACCGAUAUUGCCCCUCGUUUCAAGGCCCUUCUCAUCUACAUAGAGCAUAGGUUUUAUGGGAAAUCAAUUCCAUUUGGAACAAUGGAUGAUGCUAUGAAGAAUGAGACCCUUCGUGGUUAUUUCAAUUCGGCUCAAGCUUUAGCAGACUAUGCACAAGUGUUGUUACACGUAAAAGACGAAUAUAAUACUCGAAAAUCUCCGGUCAUCGUUGUUGGAGGAUCCUAUGGGGGAAUGCUUGCGGCUUGGUUUCGAUUGAAGUAUCCUCAUAUUGCUCUCGGCGCCUUAGCAUCAUCAGCUCCCAUUCUCUACUUUGAUAAUAUCACCCCACAAGAUGCAUACUUUUCAACCGUCUCCAAAGAUUUCAGGGAAGUGAGUGAGAGCUGCUAUCAAACAAUACGGAAAUCAUGGUCCGCUAUUGACAAAUAUGCCUCCACUAAAAACGGUCUCAGGAUCCUAAGUCGCAUAUUCAAUCUUUGCAAAAAAUUAAAUUCGUCCGACGACGCGGAGGUUCUCAAGAAUCACUUGGGGGGUAUGUACGCGUCAACCGCUCAAUAUAACGCGCCGCCGGGGUAUCCGGUGACGAAGGUGUGCCGCGCCAUAGACGGGCAGCCCAAAGGGACUGAUAUUCUUGACCGGAUACAUGCCGGCGUCGUGGCCUUGAGAGGAAACCGGACUUGCUAUAAUAUUCACUCCAAUUAUUCCAGCGAAACAGACAUUGGAUGGGGUUGGCAAACUUGUAGUGAAAUGGUGAUACCAAUAGAGAUUGGAGAUGACACGAUGUUCGUUCCGUAUCAUUUCGACAUGGACCAACAAUCAAAGGCUUGCAAUGAUUACUACGGGGUUCCGCCUCGACCUCACUGGGUCACAACUUAUUACGGAGGACACGAUAUUAAGUCAGUUCUGCGGACGUUUGGUAGCAACAUAAUCUUCUCCAACGGUCUAAGAGAUCCAUACAGCACCGGAGGGGUUUUGCAGUCUAUUUCGGAUACUCUACCUGCAAUCUAUACGCAUAAUGGAUCUCAUUGUUUGGAUUUGCAUGGGGCAAACACACCAUCAGAUCCCAUCUGGUUAACUCAGCAACGGGAGAGGGAAGUCAAUAUCAUACAAAGUUGGAUAAGAACUUAAAUCUCAGCCUUCGAGAAUUCGGUAGAUUAACUUGGAACUUAUAAUUAAGGAAAUGAUAGCUUUAUAGAAAUAAUUACUCGGAUUGGGAAUAUACACUAUCUUUAUAAAUGACUAGUAUAGUACCUGUGCAUACGCACGGGAAAGAGCAGUUGGUGCAUAUAUUUUUAUUCAUGUUCUAAUUAAAUAUUAAAAUAACAAUAACUUUUUAGGAUUCUACAUUUUCAAAAAAUAAGAGUUUAAUAAGCGAAUACCAUAAAGUUUAAGCCCAUACAAUAUAUAUUCAAUGAAAAAGUAUAUUAGGAAAAAUUAAUUGACACCAUUCAUUAGAAUUUGCUACUUAUUAAUUUUCAUGAUUAGAUUAAGUGAGUACAAUAAGUGAGUGGCAUAAAGUUUAAGUGAGAACAUUAAAUAUUAAAAUUAAAGAAUAUUAGUUAAAUAAGACCUUGUCACUCAUUAGUAAAUUAGUGCUAAUAUAUAGUAAAAAAAUGAGAGAGAAAAUUAUCCAUUGUAAUUCUUAGCCAACUUAUCUUGUUAUACCUAAAAGAAUUACAUAUAAGAAAAAAUUAUCCCACUUAAUUGUUAGGCAUAUCAUCUUAGCACUAAAUAUGAGAGAAAAAAUUCUACCCAUUAUUUAUUAGCUGACUUAUCUUAUACUAUGUACUUAAAAGAACUAUGAUAAUUCUCCCGCUCGACUGUUACCAAACUUAUCUUCUAAUACCUAAAAUCACUACAUAUGAGAGACACGAUUCUUCCGCUCAUUUAUUAGCAAGUUUAUCUUGUCAUGUCUAAAAAGACUACAUAUACAACAUACAACAACAACAUCCAAGCCUUAGUCCCAAACGAUAUUGGAGUCGGCUAACAUGAAUCGAUACAUGAUAUCCCCAAAAGGAAAAGAAAGAAAAUAAACAUAAAAAAGAUAAGCUAUUAUAAAAAAAUAUAAUAUAAAAGAGAUGAAUAUACAUAUAAAAUAUAAAAUACAAAGGAUAAAGUAAUAUUUAUAUAUAAGGAUAAAAAUAUAAAAGAAAAAGAAAAAAAAAAGAAAAAAGAGAGGGGAAAAGAUGAUACAAGAUCACUCCUCCACACGAAUACCCGCCCUCCAUUUUGCUCUCUCCAAAGCCACACCCUCAUCCAAUCCAAGAAGAAGCAUAUCACUUCUGACUCCCUUAACGCACGUCUGUUUGGGCCUUCCUCUCCCUCUCUUCCCUGCCUCUUCUCCACACAUCUCAACUCGUCUGGCAGGUGCAUCACUCGGUCUUCUAUGCACAUGACCAAACCACCGUAGGCGCGACUCCCGCAUCUUAUCUUUUAUAGGUGCUACUCCCACCCUUUGUCUGAUUGUCUCAUUCCUCACGCAAUCCUUUCUAGUAUGCCCACACAUCCAACGCAGCAUGCGCAUCUCUGCCACACUCAUCUUUUGAAUGUGACAUUGUUUCACCGCCCAACACUCUGUGCCAUACAGUAAUGCAAGCCUAAUUGUUGUCCUAUAAAAUUUACCCUUCAGUCUAGUCGGCAUACCUCGAUCACAUAGAAAUCCUAACGCACUCUUCCACUUCAUCCACCCUGUUCUGAUUCUAUGGGAUACAUCUCCAUCUAACUCACCGUCCUUCUGAAUUAUGGAGCCCAAGUAACGGAACAUAUCGCUGACCGGUAUCUCCUUACCAUCUAAAGUAAUUCCGCUAUUACCACUGCUUCCACCUCCACCAAACUUGCACUCCAUGUACUCUGUCUUGCUCCUACUUAGUCUGAAACCCUUGUUCUCCAAUGUUUGUCGCCAUACUUCCAACUUUGCCUUAACCCCUGAUUGCGUUUCAUCAAUCAAUACAAUAUCGUCGGCAAAUUUUCACGUUCAAUUGUUAGUCGGUUUAUGUUAUACCUAACAAACCUACAUAUGGAAGAAAAACUUUCCUGCUCAACUCUUAGCUGGAUUAUCUUACAUACUUAAAAAGAACUACACAUGAGAGAGAAAUUUAUAUAUCCCUCAAUUGUUAGCAAGUUUAUCCUCUUAGCAUCUUAUGUCUAAAAGCACUACAUAUGAGUGACAAAAUUAUCCCGCUCAAUUGUUAGUCUUCUUAUAUAAUGAGCGAGAAAGGUUAUUCCACUCAAUUCGUUAUCCCGUUUAAUUUUUAGAAAUCUUAUCUUCUUAUACAUAAAACUCAAUUACUAUUAAGCUUAUCCUCUUACGCCUAAAAUUCUUACAUAUAAGAGAGAAAGUUAUCCUGCUAAAUUGUUAGUCGGCAUACCUCAUAUCUAAAAACACUACAUACGAGAGUAAAAAAUUCUUGUGCUCAAUUGUUAGCCGACUCAUCUUAUACUUAAAAGAACUAUAUAUGAAACGAGAUAAACUUAUUUUGCUCAAUUGCUAGCAAGUUUGUCUUCUAAUAACUAAAAACAGUAUAUAUGAAAUAGAAAAUUCUCCACUCAAUUGCUACCCGUUUUGUCUUAUACGCAACAACACUAUAUAUGAUUCAGAAAAUUAUCUCUCUCAAUUGUUAGUUGGAUUAUGGUUUUAUACUUAAAAGCACUGCUACUAAGAGAGAGAAAUCUUUUGCUCAAUUGUUAGAUUGCUUACACUUUAAUCUUUCUUAUAUCUCAAAUGAGAGAGAAAAUUAUCACGCUCAAUUGUUAGUCAACUAAUCUUAUACUUAAAAGAACUAAAUAUGAGAGAGAAAUGCAUUCUGCUCAUGUUAGCCGGUUUAUCUUCUUAUACUUAAAAUCACUACAUAUGAGAGAGAAAUUUAUUCUGCUCAAUUGUUAGCUGCAUUAUCUCAUAACUAAAUGGCUAAAAAUACUAUAUACCAUUGUAGUAUCAAAAUACCAUUUUAUAUCAAAAUACUAUAUGCCAAACCUAUAUAUCAAAAUAGAUAAUUAUAUCAGAA